CCGGACAUGCCCAGGCAUCCCGCGCUCCCCGAGAGCGUCACUCCGCUGCCUCGCCGCUGCUCGUGGUCGGCGUCGUGGGCAGUGCGCACGAAACUUUCGGAGCAAACGAGGCCCAGAGAAAAGAGGUAGACGCAGUGACACUGACUGUACUUGGGAGAAUGGCGAAGACCUGUGAAAUGACCUACAAAAUGGUGGCCAGCCCUUUGGGCGAGCUGGAGCUGUCUGGCUGUCGGCUGGGUCUGCACGGGAUCAGGCUGCUCGAAAGGAAGACCCCGGACGCCGGCCCCACGGAGGCCCCUGGUGCAGGCGACACGGCAGAGCCCCUCGUGCAGUGCGCAGCCUGGCUGGACGCCUACUUCCACGAGCCUUCAGCCCUCCCGGAGCUGCCCGUGCCUGCCCUUCACCAUCCCGUCUUCCAGCAAGACUCGUUCACCAGGCAGGUGUUGCGGACGCUGCUGAAGGCUGUGAAGUUCGGGGACGUGGUGACUUACCAGCAGCUGGCGGCCCUGGCGCGCAGCCCCAAGGCGGCGCGGGCGGUGGGCGGAGCCAUGCGGAGCAAUCCCGUCCCCAUCCUCAUCCCGUGCCAUCGAGUGGUCCUCAGCACUGGAGCCAUCGGCAACUACUCAGGUGGAGUGGCCGUAAAGAGGUGGCUUCUGGCCCACGAGGGCAGCCAGGCGUGGAAGCCGGCCACGGAGGGGGCUCCCGUCCAGCCAGAAGCUCCAGCCGGCCAGCAGAAUUGAGCGUGCGUGGUAGGAGUGGCUGUGUGAGCGACACGUAAACUGAAUGGCACGCCGGAAGUGGCUGUGCAGCGGCGCUGGUGUAUUAAAAGGCCCACUGUGUCCUAGGGGACGUGUGUGCCUGCCCUUUCUUGUUGCUCCGUGUUGCAGCAGCGCGAGUCCAGAAGGCCGGCCGGCGUGCGUGUCGUGUGUCCCCUUCUCUCACACUGUGUGGGUCCACUUCUAACGUCUGUUAAAACGGAUGAGCGAGUGGGCGGUCUGGGCCUGUGGGGGUGACCACCCUGGAAGGGGAGCAGCUGGCUCCUCGGACACCGCGCCUGCGCCCAGAGCCAGCUGCAGGCCGCUGGCCACCCGCAUUCUGCCCAGGCUGCAGCCGUGUGUCCCCGAAGCGGGCCACCCCAGCCAGUCCCCUGCCUUCCCUUCCCUCCCGGCGGUCAAAGCUGCUGCGUCCAUGGCUCGCCCUCACGCCUUGAUGAAGGAAGGGGGACAGCCGUGGAAAUGGGUGCUCACAGCGGUUUUCCAGCUGCCAGAAAAGCUCGUGCAAGACACCUCCAUUUUUUAUCUGUAUCGAUGGAAUAGAAAAUAACGACUUGCAAAAUGGGAAAAACAGGCCACUCUCUGGGCGUGGGUGUGGUGGAAGGAGUGCUUGUCUGAGGGAUGGUGUCGCCCCAGCCCCUCUCGGGCCGCUGCCGGCCUUGGCGCACUCUGAAUAGAAGAUGAUGAGGGUCCCCAGCGUCCCCAUCCCAGCACCCCAAGGUCGAGCCUAAAAGAGGUGACAUACGCAGGUGGGUCAGUUCAUGUCUCAGUGGCGGCGGGGAGGUUUCCAGCAUCCGUGCCCCACAGUCUGAUCCUUCAUUAUCAUGUUGUCAUCUUAGCUGUAUAAUUAACUGUGUCUGAAAGCAGAGGGGAAACUUGUAGCUAUGCGUGUGGAUAAAUAAAAUAGAGCCUAUGAUAUAUGGAGAAAAUAAACUAGACCCAGCUGUGCAAUAGAAAGCUGUAUUUUUGUCAAGGGUUCCUGUGACAGUAUAAACCACGGAAGAGAAACUCAAGUGGUUUGUAUGUGUCACCAGAACCCUAGAUAAAAAUACAGCCUUACAGUGCGUACGGGUCGGGUGUGCUUUAUAUUUCACGUUACCUCAACACCGACGAAAGAACAGGUACCCAACAUAAACAAACUUUAGGCUUUCCUCACCAACUUAAGAUUUAUCGUACCCUUUUCUUCCAUCUACCAGAUUAACUCGGGAUUUUCUUCCCCUUGAAAAUAAACCGAUAGGAGCAUUCCCAUCAUCUUCUGACCUGGCGGCUUCUCAGUGCUUUCGUUGCGAAGCGAGCUAAGUCAUAUUCCUGCAGU